GAAAGGAAGGAUUUGAACCCCCUAAAACUGGUUUCAAGCCAGCCUCAUACACCAUUAUGUCUUUCUCAAUAAGAUAUUAGUAAAAUAACUUUACAUAACUUUGUCAAGGUUAAAUCAUAAGUGAAACUCAUAUAUCUUACAUGGCAUACCCUCUCCAACUUGGCCUACAGGAUGCCACCUCUCCUAUUAUAGAGGAAGUUACUAGCUUCCAUGACCACACGCUAAUAAUCGUUUUUCUUAUCAGUACAUUAGUACUAUAUAUCAUUUCUCUUAUACUUACUACCAAAUUAACCCACACCAGUACCAUAGACGCCCAAGAGGUAGAAACAAUCUGGACUAUUCUUCCAGCCAUUAUCCUUAUUAUGAUUGCUCUUCCCUCACUACGCGUUCUAUACAUAAUAGACGAAAUUAACAAUCCAGUCCUAACAGUAAAAACUAUAGGACACCAAUGGUACUGAAGCUAUGAAUACACAGACUAUGAGGAUUUAACAUUUGAUUCAUACAUAGUCAAUACACCAGACUUAAAACCAGGGGAUCUUCGUCUACUUGAGGUUGACAAUCGGGUUGUUCUCCCUAUGGAACUCCCCAUUUGCAUACUAAUUUCAUCGGAAGAUGUUCUUCACUCUUGGGCGGUUCCAUCUUUAGGUUUAAAAACAGAUGCUAUUCCAGGCCGCCUAAACCAAGCAACAGUAUCAUCUUCCCGACCAGGCCUAUUCUACGGACAAUGCUCUGAAAUCUGUGGCUCUAACCACAGCUUCAUGCCUAUCGUCCUGGAGAUGGUUCCACUAAAAUGUUUUGAGGCCUGAUCAACAUCAAUGUAG